GGAUUAUUGAAAUCACCCUCAAUAUAAAUCAUGCAAUGACAAUUUUAUGAAAAUAAGUAUAACAAAGAUAGUUACUGAAACACAUUGUUUGAAAAAUGUUCUGGAAAAAGAUUUGUAUAAGAUAUUACCCUCCUGGAAUAGCUGUAUGCUAUAAGCCUUUAGCAGCAGAGGAAAAAAUAAAACAUAUAGAUUUGCUAGAUUUGAAUGUUAAAACUAAUAUUGAAGAAUUGACACAAUAUAUAAUUGCCAAUGAUGAUAUAAUUACGUCCGAUUUGUACAUACCUUUGCGGAAUGCUUUAGAUAAAAUUCAAAAGAAAUUAAGAGAACCAACUAAAAUCAAAUUUUAUUUACACAAAACUAUACAAUCUCAUAUAUUACCACUUACUAACAUAAAUUUUGAUAGAAGCGACAAAUGUUUAACGGGAAGUUAUGAUCGAACAUGCCGUUUAAUAAACACAACUUCAGGAACUGAGGAACGUUGUUUCAGGGGACAUGAAAAUGUGGUUUUCUCUGUUGGAUUUAAUUAUCCAAUUUGUGAUAAAAUUAUAACUGGAUCAUUCGAUAAGACAGCAAAAAUUUGGAGUUGUUCAAAUGCUUCGUGUUUAAAUACAUAUUACGGACACUCAGCAGAAAUUGUUUCUGCUGAAUUUAAUCCCAACAAUUUUGAUGUUUUAGUUACAGGAUCUAUGGACAAAACUGGACGUAUUUGGCAUGUAGAAACUGCCCAAGAAAUUGGAGUUUUAGAUCAACAUACAGGUGAAGUUAUAGCAGCGAAAUAUAGCAGGGAAGGGCAGCUAAUUUUAACUGGAUCUUUUGAUAACACUGCUUUUAUUUGGGAUACCAGAAUGAAAGAGUAUAUUUUAUUUAUACCGAACUACAUACAUAUACAUAUCAUUUUAAUAUUUUAUAUUGAUUUAAAAAAUGACGAAUAUUUUAGAGCAAUAGCGCAUUUAAACGGACACACAGCAGCACUCAGUAAUUGUGUAUGGAAUUUUCCGGGAAAUUUGGUAGCAACAAGUUCACUUGAUGGAACAGCCAGAAUUUGGGAUAUUAGAAGCCUUAUUGGAGAUCAGAGCUUAUUUCUAAUUAGGGGACAUGAGGAUGAAGUUUUGGAUAUUACUUUUGAUUAUUGCGGCAAAAGAGUUGCAACUUCAAGUAGUGAUACUACUGCAAAGGUUUGGAGCAUUGAAGGAGACCUUAAUUUAUCAGCUAUAAUGACUGGUCAUAGUGACGAAGUUUCCAAAGUGUGUUUCAGUCCUUCUGGUUGUUUGCUUUUAACCGCCUCAGCAGAUAAAACUUCCAGGUUGUGGUUUUCAGAUACUGGAGUUUGUUCCCAAGUUCUAGCCGGUCACGAAUCUGAUGUUUUUUCAUGUGGGUUCAACUAUAAGGGGGAUAUUGUAGUCACAGCUUCUAAAGAUAAUACAUGUAAAAUAUGGAGAUGAUAUGACUG